ACACAGAAAAAGAUAUGGCCAACACGUGGACCAAUGAGAGAGUUGGUUUAGAUGGAGGAGUAAUCUGAGCCACAAAUCUCGCCCGUGAAUCCUCUGCCACUAAAAUUAGUUAAAAACCCACUUCCGUCAACUUGCUCCUGUCUCUUUGUCUUCUCUCCUUCACUCACACACAAAUCUGCAAAGACAGAACACAAACUCAUAAUCACAAAAGAAGGAUACUUCUGAUUCAGAUCUGAACAAAGUUAUGGAUUGUUAUUCAAAGAGGAACGGUGAGGAUCUAGUCGUGCCUAGCUAUCAGGAGACAUCGGAUUCAUACCAAUCUUCUGAUAUGUGGGGUGGAUGGAGCAUGAACUCCCAGAAAGCUGCGGAGAAGUGCUUUGACUUCGAUGUGAUUAACAAUGGAUUCAGCGGAGGGUUAUACAGUCAGAUGGAUAUGGAGAUGGAGAUGGAGAUGGGGACGAGUGGAGAAGUAAAACAAGAAGAAGAAGAUGAGGAAUCAAAGAGGUUCAAGUCUGCUGGUUGUUUCUAUAACUCUACUUCGUCGCUUCAUGACUUCGAUGGGAUCCAACAGAUGGAUGACAUGUUCUUAAGUUCCAUUUUGGAGGAUGUUCCAGGGAAUGGGAAUCUCCAUUGUUUCAAAGAGUCGGAUAAUAACAGCCCCGGCUCUUCCUCUGUUGCGUAUCUUGACACUCUCGACGGCAGAGAAGUACCCAUGUAUCAAUACAACUGGGAAGCUUGUAAUGACAUGCCUCUUAUGGAGGGGGAGGAACCAAUGAAAAUCUCAGAUCUGUGUGAGGAGAAGAACUUGGAAGAGCCAUCCACAGAAGAAGUUGUGUUGCAGGAUCUACAGAGGGCUAGUGAAAAGUUGACUGAUGUUACCCGCAAAUGCUUCCGCGAUACUUUCUACCGGCUUGCAAAAAACUCACAACUGAAGUGCGAAUCAGGCAACAUUAACACGGAGGAGUUUCUCCAGGAUACAACCUUCAGUGGGAACAUAAACAAGAAGACCGAGUCUGAAACGAACUCAAUAGACAGAGCCGUUGCCAACCUCACGUUCAACAAUAUGGAAUCCAACAUGAGGAAUAUACCUCCACCAAAGAGAGUUUCUUGUAAUCAAGGGUAAGAGCAAGCUUCAAAACAAGAACAAAGAUGUGUGUAUAUAUAUCUAAAUAUAUAAUAUUAUGUGUGUGUAAGUUGCUUUGGCUUUGACUUUCCAAGCUUCAGUUUUGAUCUGUUCAAAAUACACUCUGAUCAAGCUUCGUUGACUUUGUUCCUGGAUUUCGUUUUUCUUGAUGUAACGUGUUGUUUACUGAAUGAAACUCGCUUACACA